CCGGGAUGACCCCUGCAGGACGUAAACAGCCCUGCGCACGAGAGCGGAGCCGAGCCGACCCUUGCAUGUGGAACACCCGCCAGCUGAUCCAGUGAGAAUGUUCCGGCACCUGAGGUUCCUACAGACCUGUAGACAUGGGACCUGGCAGCCAGUCACUAGGAGGUUUUCAGACCUCAUCAAAGUCCUCCCUGAGGUGAGAAAUGCGCUGGCAAACGGGGAGCCUGUAGUAGCCUUGGAAAGCACAGUCAUCACACAUGGCAUGCCCCAUCCACACAACAUCAGAACGGCCCAGAGAGUGGUACAGAUUGUGCGAGAACACAGAGCGACACCAGCGACUAUCGCUAUCAUCAACGGCAAACUUAGAAUAGGUCUAACAGAAGAUGAACUCGAGUGGCUGGCUUCAACAGAAAAUCCUGUCUUGAAGACAUCAAGAAGAGACUUGUCCAUGGUUGUCAGCAAGGGUUGGAGUGGGGGCACCACCGUGGCGGCCACCAUGAUAGCAGCUUACAAGGCCGGCAUCUCCGUGUUUGUGACUGGGGGCAUCGGAGGAGUGCACAGGGGAGGGCACUCAUCGCUGGAUGUGAGUGCGGAUCUGACAGAGCUGGGCCGGACGCCGAUCGCCGUGGUGUCAGCUGGGGUCAAGUCUAUCCUGGACAUCGGUCGCACGCUCGAGUACUUGGAGACCCAGGGCGUCUCCGUGCUGACCUACGGCCACACCACGGACUUCCCAGCAUUCUUCACUCAGAAGAGCGGCUUCCACUCGCCCUACAACAUCACCACGCCUGAGGAGGCCGCGGAGGUCAUAGACAACCAUUUCUCCUUGGGCCUGGACAGUGGACUGCUCAUUGCUGUGCCGAUUCCAGAGCAGCAUUCAGCACAGAAGGUGGAGGAUGCCAUCCAGAGGGCCGUGGAACAAGCAAGGGAAGAGGGUGUGAGAGGGGAUAAGGUGACUCCAUACAUCCUGGGGAAGGUGGACAAGCUGACUCAGGGAAAAUCUCUCGCAGCUAACAUUGCUCUCAUGGAGAAUAACGCUGCUGUUGGCAGCCAGCUGGCCUGGGCCCUCUCACACAGGAGGAGGAAACACUACCACAACCUGCCCACCUCCAACCUGCAGGCAAAAACUCCACAGGCUGACGUCCUCAUCAAGAGCAACAAACCUGUUGUUGUUGGAGCCAGUGUGGUCGACUUUGUGGCAAAGACCAAGGACCCAGAAGUCAAGCUUGGAGGCAUGACAAACCCAGGGACACUGACACAGUCGUUCGGUGGAGUUGGUAGGAACGUUGCAGACUGCAUGAGCCAGCUGGGUGCCAUGCCUAAUACUGGCUCAAAACUAUCUGUAUUACCACAGCUAAAAGCACAGGGGAGAGGAAAAUAUGCUGAUUUUCAGUGUGUCCUUGUUUCAGACUGCAUGAGCCAGCUGGGCGCCAUGCCUCUGCUGGUGUCUGCAGUAGGGAAUGACCCUCAUGCUGCCUCCUUCUACAUCUACUCAACUCACAUGGAUGUGUCAGGAGUGUCGCAGCUGGAGGACCAGAGGACGGCGACGUACUGCGCGGUUCUGAACGGAGACGGGGAGCUGGUGCUGGGGGUGGGGGACAUGGACAUCAACAACCGGAUAUCACCGGACUUGGUGUCCAAAUUUGCCUCGGCUAUAGAGCUGGCCCCGUUUGUGUGUGUGGACGGCAACAUUCCAGAAGAAACCGUUCGCUACAUCCUCAAACUGUGCCACUAUCUGCAGGUGCCAGCCUGGUAUGAGCCCACCUGUGUGGUGAAGUCCUCCAAACCUUUUGAGUCGGACGCCUGGAAGAACAUAACUUACCUGUCGCCGAACUUAACCGAGCUGAGAAUGAUCUACCGUAUGGUGACCGGGCACGAGGAACCAGUAGUCCCCGAGGAGGACCCUACGUUGUCCCAGAGACUGCAGGAGGCUGUGUUCCUAGUCCGACCGCUGCUGGAGUACCUGCACUGCGUGGUCGUGACUCUGAGCAGGGACGGCGUUCUCGUGUGCCGAAACACAGAGCAGCAGUCCAGCUUUCCUGUGGGGAAGGGAAACAACACCGUCAAGAAAACCAUGCUGACAGCCGUGCACUAUCCAGUCUUCCCUAAAACUGAGCAGCAAGUCGUCAACGUCUCAGGAGCAGGAGAUUGCUUCUCUGCAGGUAUGAUGCACGGAAUGCUGCAGGGUCUUCCCCCGGACGUCUGCGUAAAGCAGGGACUUCUGGCCGCCUACAACUCCACCCAGACGCACAGCGCCGUGCCUGCCAGCCUCGACUGUGCAGACUUCUCAGAAGAGAACAUCAAGAAGCUGCACUGGCCGACCUACUCCAUACCUAUCUAGUUCAUACAUAUAGCUGAUAGUGGUACAAACUUUGCAUCAGUGCAGGUAUAGACCUCUAGUAGUUUACAAUGAGAUAAUCUUCUUGAGGGGAUUCUGCUCCAGACAGGCACGCAGAACCCACAGCAGGAUUUCAUGUUCAGGUCUCUAGAUCUACAGAUCUCCACUUUGCUGCUUAGUCCUACUUGGGUGCCUUCUUGAUUCCAAUUACAAGCUCAGUAACAAAUUCUGUGAACAAGCUGCAAUUGUACAGAUAGAGCUGUUGUGUAGUUCAGACUGCCAGCUAUCAACCAGUCCGUAAAUCUCUUCUCUUGCAGACCAAUGGAUGAUGUUCUUAGAUAUGACAAGCUUUUACCACACUAUAUGCCACAUGUACAUGUAACAUAACCUGCGUAUGUUGAUCCAUUAACAUUUGAUAGGCUAGUGUUGUAAUAUCUGUACCGUAUGUUUACCUCAUAUUUUAUUGUUUUUGUUCUCAGUUUUGUAUCUUGCCAAUUAUUCAGAUGUAAAAAAUUCAUUGUUGUGAGAGUUUUCUAAUGCAAAAGAUAAAUUGUUAAUAAGUCAUUGUGUAAAUGAUUUCAGCAUUAUUGUGUAGAAUAAUUAUCUCUAAGUAUCAUCUUGUAAUGUAAUGUUAUUGUUACAGGUACUGUCAAUUGUUUGUCAAUAAUGCUUUGAUUUGAUUUGAUGUGAUUUGGAUUGCCACAAUACAAUACAAAUUUCUCUGAUACUGCA